UUUUUUGUUAAUUCAAAUAUUACCCCUCUCUCUCUCUCUCCUGCCCGUAUUUUCUCUCUCUAAAGGACCGGGUUUUUUUGAACACAGUGGCGUGAAGCUGAAGUUUGGUACGUUUAUCAGAAGGAAGUGUUGUUUUUUGAAGGGCGAAAUGGGGAAGAAUGAUGAGAGAGUUGAAGCUGUUCUUCAGCUUCUUCGUAAACAAGCCCCACUUUCAGUUAAACAGGAGAAAUUUUGUUCUACGGCGUGUGUUGAGCGGUUCCUGAAGGCUAAAGGAGAUCAUGUCAAGAAGGCUGCUAAGAGCUUGAGAGCUUGCCUUUCUUGGAGAGAUAGCAUUGGCAUUGACAAUCUGAUCGCCGACGAGUUCUCCGCCGAGCUCGCAGACGGCGUUGCUUAUGUCGCCGGCCACGACCAAGAAUCCCGCCCCAUCCUGAUAUUCCGGAUUAAGCAGGAUUAUCCUAAGUUACAUUCGCAGAAAAUGUUUACUCGUCUGGUAGUGUUCACGCUAGAAGUAGCCAUCGGGACCAUGCCCAAAAAUGUCCACCAAAUGAUCAUUCUCUUCGACGCAAGCUUUUUCAGGUCGGCGUCGGCUUUUUUGAACUUGUUUCUUCCGACGCUCAAAAUGGUGGCUGAUUUCUAUCCCGGCCGCCUUCAUUCCGCCUUUCUCAUCGACCCUCCGGCGCUCUUCUCCUAUUUAUGGAAGGGUGUUCGUCCGUUCGUUGAGCUAUCAACGGUCACGAUGAUAAUAUCAUCUCUAGACUUUGAAGAUUCGUUGGAUUUCAGCGACUUUGCGGCUUACCCACGAGCCUCCUCCCUCCGAUUCGAUCAAUCAACGGCCAAGAUUGGCUCAUCUGCAUCCUCACGCUUCUCCUUCACCGUAUCCCAUCAUUUCGACUCACUCAAGCCAUGGUAUCUCAGUCUCACCGACACGUCAGCUUCCAAAGUGGGACCCACCAGUCCUUCUCCACUUGGUCCUGCACUGAUUUCUCCACUCAACGCUCGUUCCCUGUCGUUUGCAUCACCGGCUGCGAGAAUGCCACGUGGAGUAAUCAACGAUGGAAGUAGUUACAGCUCGAGGCUGACGAGGAAAAGCCUGUUCCCGUCGACGCCACUGCCGCCGAAAAGUGCGCCGAUGGUCGGGAAUGGUAAGAAGGUCAAUCAUCCAAAGACUCCACGGCCGUCGUUCCUUCAAUCCCCGGCAGUGUUUUUCCGGCGAGAGUGCCACGUCAGUAAAACGGAGAAAAACCGGGAAGCUUUCCGGCCAUUGUUGAAAUUCUACAGAAGGCCAUACGAUGAGAUGAUUUACAGGUCAAAGAUGAGGCCCCCACUUGGCGGAUUGAUCUCCAUCGUCACUCCAAAUAUCAGACGCCGACACGUGUCAAUGUCUCAACGGUUCUGAUCCACUACCCAAAAAAAAAAAAAAAAAAAAUCUCUUCUUUACAACAUACGAAAUCAAGGAGAAAAAAUGAAGGUUUUACAAUGGACUGUGUUCCUCGAACCAGACUCAUCAGUAGUACAAAUAAUGAGCGAGUCACAGUCCGAGUGGCAGCCGGAGUUGGCGUUGAGUUUGAAGGCUAGACGACAAUGUGGUACUUGGGGUGUAAAAUGUGGUGAAAAUUGUCCUGUUUUUUGAACUUUGUGGUUCUUUUUACAGAGUCUUAGGUUUCUGGGGAAUGGGUAGCGUGGUCGACCCGGUAAAAUCAAAUGUCAAGAUCCUCGAAACCUCAAAAAAUGAACCAAAAAACAACACAAAGUCUAACUAUUUGUUAUUAAUUAUUAUGAAAAUUUGCGACUGUGUUGGAUUGACCGA